AUGGCAACAAUGGACAAUUUAUUCGCAAUAAUGGAUGAGUUAUCACCCACUCCAUGCCAAGUCAUGUCCGCCGCCAAGCAGAAUCGCAUCAUGGUCUGGCGCGACGAGGUCGCAUCCGCAUCAGCUUCAUAUACCACCGCCAGCAACUACUCCGCCCCUUCGCUCGUCACAACAACCACUGCGUCGUCGACAUCUCUAUCGCCCUCUGAACUUGCCACCAUGUCAAAGAGCUCACGGCUGUGGCACAAGGUCAAGGCGCAAUUCACCGGCAAAGCUCGCCGCCGCAGCAGCGUGGCCAAUGCCGACGUACCGGACUUCAUGAUGCCGCCCCGGAAAGGCGAUGUCACGCGAACAGCCAUGUACGAGAACUUACGAUCAGAAGAUUACAAAUCUCCAGACGAAGAGGUUGUGCCGGGCCAAGACAGCAGCAAUGGCCGAGGACGGGGUCUGUUCCAAAGGCAGAGAAGGAUGAUACGGGCGUCGAAGCUUUUGGUGAAUACCAUUAGCUGA